GAGAUCUGGCCUCUCGCCCCCGACUGGCAGGCGUUCUUUCCGGGUGGGAUGGGAGGUUUUUGGCGUCCGGGGUGGAGGGGCGUUGCUUUCUGCGGGUGGCCCUGGAGACACCCUGCGACCCCGACUAAGCCUGCGGGGAGGGUAGAGCCGUGUCUCAGGCCGGGGAGGAGCGGGACAGAGGCGGCUGAGAGGGGGCUGAGACGGCUCGGGACUUGGAGGCGCCCGAGCCUGGCCGUGCAGCCGCCGAGGCGGCCGAAGAGCACGAACCCCUUCACGCGCGCACAGGAGGAGGAUUGGCGGCGGCGGAACAAGACCGUCCUCACGUAUGUGGCCGCGGCGGCCGUGGGCAUGCUGGGGGCGUCCUACGCCGCUGUGCCCCUUUACCGGCUCUACUGCCAGACUACUGGACUGGGAGGAUCGGCAGUAGCAGGUCAUGCAUCAGACCAGAUUGAAAACAUGGUACCUGUUAAGGAUCGCAUCAUUAAAGUCACCUUCAAUGCAGAUGUGCAUGCAAGUCUCCAGUGGAACUUUAGACCUCAGCAAACAGAAAUAUAUGUAGUACCAGGAGAGACUGCACUGGCGUUUUAUAAAGCUAAGAAUCCUACUGACAAACCAAUAAUCGGAAUUUCUACAUACAAUGUUGUACCAUUUGAAGCUGGACAGUAUUUCAAUAAAAUACAGUGCUUCUGUUUUGAAGAACAAAGGCUUAAUCCACAAGAGGAAGUAGAUAUGCCAGUAUUUUUCUACAUUGAUCCUGAAUUUGCUGAAGAUCCAAGAAUGGGAGAAGUUCCCUGGAUUUCAUGGACCGUUCAAAGAAACUGAGACACCCUAGCCCCCAGAACUAUAGUGGUAGGGAAUUCCAAAGCUUUACCUCUCCAGCUUUUUACUCUCUCUCUUAUCUUUAAUAUCUAUUGCACCACCACAUCUACUUUAACUAGAAUGUAAUAAUAUACUUUUCUGCUGCCUAUUUGCAUGGAGAAACUGAUAAAAACAUCUGGUUUCCAGACAGCAUACCUAGCUUAACCAGUUUCUAAUUCCUUAAACCACUAAUAUAUUCAGUGAUACUUUAUCAAGCAGAAUGUCCUAGGGAAGUUUCACACUCCUGUUAGGAAAAAAUACUUAAUGAACUCCUAAGCCUAUUAAGAUUCAUUCAUAAAUCAUUCCAAACUAGAUGACUACAUUGAGGGUUUAAACCAGGGGUCAAAACCUCAAAUGCCUACACAUGCCAGGCAGAUCAGAUAAAGGUAUGUAGGGGGCCAGGUGAGGCCUGGUGGACUGCAGAACCUGUUACAUCUUAAAGAAGCAGCUACUAUGCAGCCCCAAGCUACUGCUAGCACGCAAAAAUGCAGGCCUGGCAUUGCUGUUGUAUCGAAAAGAAUCCAGAGGUCCAGAUACUUUUUGAAAUAUCCCACUUUUUAACUGUUGGCAAUUUUUAAAUGUAUAUUUAAAAUUCACAUAGGUCAAACAAAACACAGCUGCAGGCAAGUUACAGCCUGCAGGCUGCUAAUUUCUAAACAAUGACUUAUAUAACCUUGUUUUUAUCAUUUUAAACAAUUCUGGGGGUAUAUUAAAGCUCUAAUGAGCCUACCAUCCCAUAAAUAGUUAUAUACAUUUGAUUAAUAUGGAAUAACAAAAUAAUGCUGCUUUAAGGAUUCCAAGUUAAAAAGUAAUUUUUACACUAAUCCAUUUUAAGCACACUGUUGUCACUGCUAGUGAAGAUUGAAAACAAGCUCUUAUAUAAAUUUUUUUUUGGCAUUAGUCAAAGAACAACUAAAAUAUCCCAUCAAUGUGGUACUUAGGUCACCAAUCAGUGAAUAGUGCCCUUCUCAAGCUGGAGAGAACCUGACUUUCCUCCAAGGCAUCUACAAGGAAUGCACUAAUGCACAUGAUGGUUCUGGUUAUUUCUUAAUGUGCAGCCCCAGCAUUUUUAUUUUUUAGUUACAACGCCAAGAAUGACAAGACCAUUAAGAGCAACAAGCUCCAUAAAACCUCAUAAGUCAUUUUUAAAUAAAGUCAUUUAUUUCUGCCAAGACCUAAACAAAGUUAAAUGUAUAAUCAAGCCCUGUUAGCUCUGCUACCAAAGGGAACCAAGACAAAAAAUAAUCAUUUUGUAAAUGACUUACUCUGUGG